CAAACAUUUAAUCAUCAAAAUGGUAUUCAAAUACUUCAACAAUUAAAAUUUGAUCAAACUAAAACACUUUUAGCAGAUCUUAUGGAAUCCGUAACAUAUACAUUUAGUAAAGAAAAAGUUCAAAUAUCAAAUCCUUUAUCACAAUUAUUAAUAAUUUUAUCUGAUGGUCGUGGUUUAACUGUAUCUGGUAAAGAUCGUUUAUUGAAGAGUGUUCGUCAUGCAAUGUCACAAAAUAUUUUCAUUGUUUUUAUUAUACUUGAUAAUAUAAAUCAUGAAAAAUCUACAUCAAUCUUUCAAAUCAAUGAAGCUAUAUUUGUUGGUGAUAAAGUCGAAUUUCGUUCAUAUUUGGAUAGUUUUCCAUUUCCAUAUUAUUUAGUGAUACAAAAUUUAGAAAUGUUACCUCGUGCAUUAAUUGAUAUUUUAAGACAAUUUCUUGAACUAACUACAACUCAUAAUAACAGUAACCAGUGA